AUGUCAUUUUACAACACAAAUACCAAUAGCUCUCCGUCAUUUCAUCAACAACAACAAUUGUCAGGACAUCUGUUAUCAACUAUGAAAAGAAAUAACACAUUCAAAUCAAAGCUUAAAUCCUUGAAAAAUGAAUUACAUGAAGCAAUAAUACUGACUGCAACCACUACUAAACCUUUGCUGCCGUGGUCACGACCACCCACAAGAUCAAACUCAACAUCUUCGUUUCGUUCACCUUUCUCAUCUAUAAAGUUAUCAAAUGGUAACACUACAGGACAAUCUUCUGUGUUUUCUUCUUGUGAGUCUUCCCCUAGAUCCAUAUCACUAUCAUCAACGAAAAAUGGCAGUACUAUUGGCACCACCGACGUCUUUCCAGUUUCAAGAUCCACGUCGGUUUCCUUACCAAUCUCAAAAUUUAAAUCACCCACCACAAUAAUAUCAACAGUGACUAAUUCUGCUACUAGCACUACCACUACUUGCUCACCAUGCUCAAUAUCAUACUCUUCCCUAGACUAUGAUUAUGAUUACGAUAAUCUAUUUGACUUCAAUUCUCCAACAUCCAGUUAUGAUCCUAGUCUCAAAAAUGAAAGACUAGCUAAUAAGAAUGAAGGUCUGGGCCAAGAAGAGAAAUUCUUAUUACCUCCCUUACCAUCUUCAACUACAACACUAACACCAGUAUUAUCGUCGUCACCGGGAAAAUUUAGCCAUGAUCAGAUGAUGAUCAAUGGUCAGGUAGACGCCGAAGAAAUGGAAAAACAAGAAUUUUCUCUGCUGUUGCCAACAACUCCUUCAAACAAUUCCCAAAAAUAUCAAAACAGCUCCUUCUCGCAACAACUACUGUCUCAUGAAAAUAAUCAACAUCAACAAAAUAACAAUCCUAAGAGUGAGGAAUUGGUUGAUGUUGAUAGAUUGGCUUGUUCAAUCCUAUCCCUGGUAGGCAAACGUACUAAUGAUCAAAACAUUGAAUGGAAUAUUUAA